ACCACAUUUAAUACUUAUCCCAAAUUGCCCCGUGACUUUUUGACUUUUCAUGCAUUGGAAAAGUAUAGUAAACAAUUUGCCUCCUCAUUUUGAAUACCUUACAAACUUGUCUAUUAAUCAAUUUAAGAUCUUGAUCCAUGACUGAUGACUUUUCCUUUCCGUAUGGUUCUUGUCUGCCAGUCACCUCAUUAAUUAAUUCUCCAAUCCAACAUAAUUGGAAAAACAGCUUAAUUUGCCUUUUUAGGUAAAUAUGCAAUAAAAAAACGAAAGAAAAAACUGAUCUUAUCUCGUAACAAAGAUUAAUUAAACAAAUUAAUUAAGCUCAUCAAAUUGUGGAGAUCAUAGCUAGUCUCAUCCAAUCAUUGCAUUAUAUUCGCUCAUCAUUUGAAAAUAACUUUCCUCACCCAUCUUGGCUCUCUAUAUAUGUGUAGGUUUCUCCUUCACAAUUCUUGCAAAUCUACUAACCCCAUCUUCAGCUUGAUUUCUCUUUUUUGUGUUGGUGAAGCAAAAUGGGUCUGGUUGGAGGACAGAAAAAACCUCAUGCAGUAUGUGUCCCUGUACCAGCACAGGGCCAUGUUAGCCCUCUGAUGCGCUUCGCCAAGCUUCUUCAUUCAAGAGGCUUCCACAUAACCUUUGUCAACACCGAGUUCAACCACAGACGCUUGAUCAGAUCCAACGGUCCUGAUUUUGUCAAGGGCCUACCGGACUUCGUCUUCGACACCAUACCGGACGGUCUACCACCGUCUGAUCGCGACGCGACGCAAGAUGUCCCGGCUCUAUGUGAUUCAACUAGAAAGAACUGUCUAGCUCCGUUCAAAGACCUACUUCGGAGGCUGAAUAAGUCCUCAGUGCCUCCGGUUAGUUGCAUAGUUUCCGACGGAAUGAUGAGCUUCGCUAUCAAAGCCGGUGAAGAACUUGGGAUCCCAGAGGUACAGUUUUGGACUGCCUCGGCUUGUGGAUUCAUGGGGUACUUGCACUUCGAUGAACUCGUCAAGAGAGGGAUUGUUCCUUUCAAAGACGGAAGCUUCAUGCACGACGGAACACUGAACACACCGAUCGAUUGGAUCCCUGGCAUGAAAGACAUCCGACUCAAAGACCUCCCGAGCUUCGUCCGAACCCAAGACGCUAACGACACGUUGUUCGAUUUCACGGGUUCCGAAACCCAAAACUGCCUCAAUUCCUCUGCCAUCGUCUUCAACACCUUCGACGAAUUCGAGCACCAAGUUCUCGAAGCGAUCUCGGCCAAAUUCCCCAACAUCUACACCAUCGGACCACUAACUCUUCUGGACCGCCAUGUCCCCGAUGCCCAUUUCAAGUCUCUGGGUUCGAGCCUCUGGAAAGAGGACUCAAACUGCCUGCAAUGGCUGAACCAGAGGGAACCCAAUUCGGUGGUGUACGUCAACUACGGAAGCGUCACCGUCAUGUCCGACGAGCACUUCAAGGAGUUUGCAUGGGGUUUAGCAAACAGCAAGCAGUAUUUCCUGUGGAUCGUACGUCCCGAUGUUGUAAUGGGUGAAUCGGCGGAUCUUCCAGAUGGGUUUCUCGAGGAGAUUAAAGAUCGUGGAUUGCUAGCAAGUUGGUGUCCUCAAGAGAAGGUUUUGACUCAUCCUUCUGUCGCUGUUUUUCUCAGCCAUUGUGGAUGGAAUUCUUGCAUGGAAGCUGUUUGUGCUGGUGUCCCACUGAUUUGUUGGCCUUUCUUUGCUGAACAGCAGACAAAUUGUAGAUAUGCUUGUAAUAAUUGGGGGAUUGGAAUGGAGAUUAACCAUGAUGUUAAAAGAGUUGAAGUUGAAGAGCUUGUAAGGGAGAUGAUGGAAGGUGAAAAGGGGAAGAAAUUGAAGGAAAAAGCAUUGGAAUGGAAGAAGAAAGCUGAAGAAGCUACUGACAUUGGAGGUGGGUCUUAUCGUAAUUUUGAUAGGUUUAUUAAGGAGGCCCUUCAUUAUGAUGGGUGAUUAAUUAUGUAAUUAAUAAUUAAAGUUUUAUUUAGUUCAUGUUUAAUAAACAUCCUCCCCAUUUUUAUGGAAAUGAAGAAUAUUAAAUUAGAUAAAUAAUAUAAUGAU